GGCAUUCAAACAAUCGACCCUGGCAAUGGGAUCACACUUCAUUUUUUCCGCAAAAGUAGAGCGUCUCGUAUUCGGCGUAGCAUAUCGGUUUUGCAGCAUUUGAGAGAAUUUCACACCCCUAAACCAAUACGUGCAUCCGAACACCCGACGCCGAAUAGAAUAAAACGGAGGCAUACAACCGAACCCCUGGUGGUAACGUCGCCAAGAGGAUUUUUUGCUGAAGAGGUUUUUAGGGAUACCACGAAAAGGAUCACACCAGAAGAGGCGGCUGUGAGGGAAAUCGAAAAAAUGAAGUCAAAUGAACGCGUUGUGUUGAACGUGGGCGGACAAAAGUUUGAAACGUAUCGUUCCACGCUCACAGCCUAUCCGAACACUCUACUCGGAAAAAUAUUCAGUGAGGAACAAGAGAACAUAUUAAGCGAAGUGGAAGAAAUUUUCUUUGACCGAGAUUACAAUGUUUUCAAGUACAUUAUGCAAUUCUAUCGCAAUGGAAGGAUAACCUGGCCGUCCAGCCCAACCGAACCUUCAGUUGACGACAUUUAUCGCGAAUUAGCAUUUUUCAAGAUCGAGCUUCGCAAGGGUCAUGCACAAAUAAUUGAAGCGGCCACAUUCAGAGUGGAUAGUUUUAUUGAUAUGAUCUUGGAAGCAAUCUUUGAGGCCCGCGUGGAUUUCAAGAAAAAACUCGAAAUCACGUUCUACCGAUCGGGUGAUUUGCCUGCCAAAGUGUCGCCGGCCAUCCCAGUCAUCGAAAGAUUGGUGACGGAAUAUAGUCAUAUUGGUUACGGCAUUAUAGACGCACGAAAUUAUAAACUUGCUAGGUUUGUGACUUGUCAUCCCGAAGUGGCUCAAGGUGGAUUGAGAUUUGAAAUCGUUCACGAACCAGGACCACCGAGCAGUUAUCGAAUUAUAGUAGAGGCAUACCAACUUAUUCAACCUCAAGCAAUGCACAAUUCGGCUUUGACUUUUCAAGACGUAAAAAAACAAAAGGACAUGCAACAAUUUCGUCGAAAUAUUUUCUUUUUUUAUGAUGAUAAAGAAAAUGGCAACAUUUGA